CCAACAUUAAGGGGCAUUUCAGCAAUCCAAUCUUUAUAUAAACACCAAGUUCAACUUUGUAGACUCAGCAGCCUCAAAAAUAAAGUCCUCUCAGGAAUUUCUCAUUACCCUUUUCAAUUUCAGCAACCAUGGCAAUGGCUUUCAAGAUGGCCACAACUGGGAUGUGGGUUACUGAUGAAUGCAAGAACUCAUUCCUGGAGAUGAAAUGGAAGAAGGUGGCUAGGUACAUAGUGUACAAGAUUGAUGAAGAAUCGAGGCUUGUGACCGUUGAUAAGGUGGGUGGACCUGGUGAAAGCUAUGAUGAUCUUGCAGCUUCUCUGCCCAAAGAUGAUUGCAGAUAUGCUGUUUUCGAUUUCGAUUUCGUCACUGUGGAUAAUUGCAAGAAGAGCAAAAUCUUCUUCAUUGCUUGGUCUCCAAGUGAAUCAAGGAUUAGAGCAAAAAUCCUGUAUGCAACCUCCAAGGAUGGGUUGAGGAGAGUUCUUGAUGGCAUCAGCUAUGAACUUCAGGCUACUGACCCUACUGAGAUGGGGAUGGAUGUGAUUAAGGACAGGGCUAAAUAAUUGUGAUUAGAUGAGCUUAAUUAUGUUCUGGAAUCUCUUACUUUUAUUUAAUAACUCCCAACCUGUUCUGCAACCACAUGUGUUUUUCCUUGUUGGUGGUAUCUUUCUUUUCUCAUCACCUGCUAGAUUUUUGGCACUAAUAUUGUAAGUUAAUCUCUAAUUUGUAAUAAUAAUUGAGUGCUAAUUAACAACGCUGUGUUGUCGGUGA